AUGCAAGGAAAACUUCGGCAGCCUUUCACCGCCAGCAAAGUUCUUAAGGUACCUUUCCAGAAAGAGCAUCAGCAAAUCAAGAUCAAAUACAUCAACGUGAGAAAAAUGUUGAAGAUGCAUAAAGUUGACAGGGGUACCUCAAAUCCUUGGGGUUCAGGGUGUCCACGCCAAGCCAUGCAUCCCGCCGUACCUGUGGCUGAGCCAAGGCAGCGAAGGACUUGCUCAGCGUGCACAAAAACACACUCAGGGCACACGGCCAGCGCCCUGCAGGGGCUAGACAACAAAACUAUGGGCCACAAUGGCUAG